CUAUUAACUUCAUAGUACGGACCUGGAUUACGCCGAAAUCGAAUCGAUAGCUCAAACGGAAGACAAAUCAACGAAAUCAAACGAACGGGUCAAAUUGAGUCAAAAUACGAAAUCGACCAAUCAAUCCGGCGUGGAGGUUAAUCUGCCGGCGAUAUCAACUCGGGGCAGCGGCUGGAUGCGGCGACGGUGACGGACGCCGGCAACAGUGGCAAGGCGGCAGCAGCUCCUAGAAAUCACGAACAGAGGAGCAGCUCCGGUGAUAGCCUCUGUCCGACGAAAUCCCUAGCUGCAACAACGGUGAACCGGCGAUGUAUCAGUCCGGUGAGUCGCAUCGACCGCCGGCGAAGGGCGACGGCGGCUGGAGGCGAUUGGCGGCGCUGCAACUCGACGGCGAGGAGCAGCGGGCUACUGGCGAAGGAAGCCGCGGCGAUUGGCUGCGGCGAGGAGGCUCUGGCUUGCGCGACACCGGCGUGGUCGAACGGCAAGGGAGGAUGACCGGUGACUGGCUCACGGCGGGGAUCGAGAACGACAAAGGUGAAGAUGAAGAUGAAGACGACGAUCGUGCGGCUCUCGGAUCUGGACGGAAGAUAAUAGGUUUAGAAAAAGGUCUGCAGUCUGCAGACCACAUCUGCACACAUCUGCAGGAGAAGAGGUGGACCAAAGGGGUGUCUUCCCCUGAAAGGUCAAAAGCUCCUCCAGUUGUGGAAUCCAACCCAGUUGGGAGCUCCUCCGGGAGCCAGGCCCAAGGCAACACCACUGCCUUGGCUGUUUGCAAAUCACCUGCUGCCUUGGACGUCAUUCCCAUCUCUGCCAUUCCUGGGCUAAGGAAACCCACGCCAUCCUGGAAACGACCACGGGAAGGGGUCACCGACGAUGAUUUCCUUCCCAAGAAGAAUAAAAGUGAGGGUAUUCCUGUUUCGCUCAGCCCCCUGACCACAUCUUCUGGUACCCAGAGUACCGCCUCUGCUGCCGCAUCCGGAGAGGGAGAGGCUGACAGACAGAAAGAGCCGGAGACUUCUCCUGCGAGAGAGAAGAAGGUUGAAGUGCAGAAAGAAUUGGAUGCCUCCUCCACGGUGGAGAAGGAAGCUGAAGAGCAAAGAUGUGCAAAUCUAAAGAAGAUGAGGGAAUCAGUGCAGGAGCCUGCAAUUCCCCAGGCAUGCCCCGACUUGCUUGCCCUCAAUGCUCUGCACUUCAUGGAGCAGGCCCAACAAUCACUCCUCACCCUGACUGAGGAGUACUUGGGUGGAGCAUCAGGGAACUACCGGGCCGUAGUGGUCCUGAAGGAGAAUGAGUUGGCUGUCAGGCUCUGCAACAGAAAGUUGGCAAAUGGCUCAAUGGAACUAGCAGCUGAAAGGUCCAGGGUCAAGUCCCUGCAAGAGCAGAUUGCUAUUUACAAAAGGGGGAGCCAGGAUCUAGAAACGCAGUUUGACAGACUCCAGGCGCAAAUUUCCAUCCUAGGGUCAAAGGUCCCAGCUUCAGAAGACAAGGUAGGGAGUCUAAAGACUGAGUUGGUUGAAAGGGAGUCCCGGGUCUCCAAGCUGGAGAAUUCCCUCCAUGACGCCAAGCAGGAGGGCGCCCAUCUCAACGAUCUCGUGAUAAAACACAUAGAGGCGAAACGGCUUAUCCUCGGGAAGUUGGAGAAAGAGAGACAGACUGCCAGCGAGCUCCGGUCAAGGAUGGGUGAACUGGAGAAGACAAUAGCUGCUCAUCAAGGGGAGGUGGCUGCCCUGACCACCCGCGCUGAGGCCCUCUACGAAGAAGGGAAGUUUGAUAUGCAACACUGCAUCUAUGGGGCAAUCCAGAGCGGUCUUCCGGAACACCGAUCCUUGGAUGACUUCAUCUCUUACUAUGGAGUUGUCUUUAUUGAUCUUACUAUUUCCGAUUCUUCUUCUGAUUCUUCUUCGUUGGCAUUCCCCUCACUUGGGGCCCCAACACCUGAACUCUCUUCUGGGCCUUCUCUCACCUCUGAACAAUCGGUGACUUCUCCCUUGCCCAGGGAGGAGAAUCACCCUCAUCUCCCCCAACUGGCAUUAGGGGGUGCUCUUCCGGGUUCCAGCGCCCCUCCUAACGAUGCCAGAAUGGAAGUUUCUUCUGGCUGUCCUGGCACGUCCCGUCCGCAGAAGAGACACAAUCCCCACUCGGGAGCUUCCCGGUUGGUCUCCGGCGCGAGGCCUUCCUCCCAAGGUUCUCCCUCUCCUCAGCAGUCAUAUGGACAACACCUUGAGGAGUGGGGGGAUUAUGACAUGGGGGGAAACAGGCAUCCGUCUACCCGGAGGGAAAAGGACGAAACCUUCCAGGAUCUACCUCCCCCUUCGGCCUAGGCGGAACGAUGCCGUAAAUCCUCCUCUCAUGUCUCAUCGUUCUCCUUGUCCGCCUUCAUGGAAGUGACUGAAGGGCGUCCACGGGGAAUGGUUUUCAAUCCCACCCGUUGGUACCCUUUCGUUUUCUGUUUCUUUUGAAGGAUGCAUCAGGAGGAUGAUGGGUUCUCCCCACACCUUCCUGCUCUGGCAUUCUUUCUGGUCCAGGCGGGGCAACAAGGGUCAGCGGAUUCGCUCCCUCUACCACACCGUUCCUCCUGGACCCUUGAAGUGCCGUUUCACCUUCAUAUUUUCUUUUUUAGUAGUAGGAUAAAAGUAAAUCAGGGACAAAGUU